CAGGAUAGCAGGGUGUUCUAAAUGGCUUUUUCUCUACUAAUCCCAAGCUGCUUUUAAAAGCUAACCCAUGCAAGGCUACAGUAUAUCCUAUUGCUGGAAUGGCUAGCAAUGAAACUGAAAAGACAUCAAAGACUGAAGAUAACAUAAGUGUUUCCAGCAUUUCUCUAAAUAUAUCAGCCAUAGAAAAAAAGCUAGCAAGAAUAAACCACCGUAGAAAGGACAAAAAGAAUUCCAAACCAAAGAGGAAAGAUGCCAAGGAAACAACAUUCUGGACAUUAACAAACAAAAUCAUUCUCUUCACAGUACUUGUUUUCAUAAUAGUUUUAUUGACAUGGACACUACUGUGGAUUUUUAUAUUACGGAGAGAAGAUAAUGACUUUUUAUACUUCGCUGGACUAUUUAGAGUGGCAAAUACUGAAUUUCUGUCAGAAUAUAGGGAGAAGGGCUCAGAAGAAUUUGUUUCUAUGUCACAAAAUCUUCAGCAUGUGGUGAGCAAGGUUUAUAAAAUGUCAACAUUUUCCAAACUCUACCAGCAGUCCCUCAUUUCUGACCUUAGCAAUAAUAACAAUGGAGGAAUCCUUGUUCAUUUCUGGAUGGUAUUUUCUGUGCCAGAAGCCAAAGGUCAGUUUGCCUGUGAGGACUGCGUGAGUGCCAUCUUCAAGAAUUCCAUUCAAACCAGUCUUGUCAAUCGGACAUCUGUUGGGUAUUUGUUAGGUCUCCCAGUAGAUAUUGACUCAGUUGUAAUUAAUGUUGCUCUCCGCUCAGAUUACAUUUCAGCAACCAGAAUGGAUUCAAAAUGUGUACAUGACAUGUAUGCAGACCAUCCAGGACAUCAUUUUCCUUUAAAUCUUUCAGUUACAUCUGUAAGUGGAACAUGCUUUUUUAAACUUAUUGCACUGAUGGGUCAUGUGAUUCGAUUGUCCAUAACAGCUGUUCAGACUGAAGCAGAGGAUUGCAUAUCGGAUUCUUUAAUAAUUUAUGAUGCACUCAUGCCAAUCAGAAGUAAAAUAUUAUACAAAAUUUGUAAACCAAUGGAUUCAUCAAUAUCUUUUGUUUCAACGGACAACUUCUUGCUCAUAUCAUAUAAGUCAACAAAAACAAUGGGAGCAAAGAAAAUUAGUGGAUAUUUUGAAGCUGUUUCACAGGAAGAAUGUGGUGGAACAAUACUCACAAAAAAUAGAACUGGAUUUGAAGGAACCAUCAGAAGUCCAUAUUCACCAAGUUUCUCUCCACCUAAAUGUACCUGUACCUGGUACUUUAAGACUCCAUCAGAAAAACUUGGACUAGCUCUUACAUUCUACAAUUAUGCCCUGAAAGAAAAGGGAAUUGAAGGUUGCAGUCUUGGUUGGUGGAAAAUUAAUGAAAACAUGUACUGUGGUUACUUCUUGGAUCACAAAACUAUAUUCUACGUUGCAAGUUCUCAGGUUAAUAUUAAGUUUUACUGUAACUUCCAGCUUGCAGGAAAACCUCUGGCAGUAGACUAUGGCAAUUACAACAUAAGCCAAGUAUGUCCUGAUGGCUAUUUCUCCUGCUUGACUGGUUUGUGCAUUCCACAAUCCCAGCAGUGUGAUGGAAGAGAUGACUGCUAUGAUGAAAGUGAUGAGCUCUUUUGCUCAUUUCCUAAAAAGAACUGUAAUGCUCCAACACAUCUGCAACACCCUCACUUUGCAUGUAAUGGAAUCAAAGACUGUGAAAAUGGCAGUGAUGAAAUGAACUGCACUCAGAGUAUUCCAUGCAGCAGCAUAACCUAUGUAUGCCAGAAUAAUCUUUGCAUUCUUAAACAAAAUGCUAAAUGUGAUGGAAUUCAGGACUGCCUUGAUGGAAGUGAUGAACUUAACUGUGGUUGUGGCAGCAAGAUGUAUGUUGCAAAUCGCAUUGUUGGAGGCACAGAUGCAGGAGAGGGUGAAUGGCCUUGGCAAGUGAGUCUUCACUUUGGUGGAACAGCCUACUGUGGUGCAUCGGUAAUUUCAAAGGGAUGGUUGCUGAGUGCAGCUCACUGUUUUCAUGCAGACAGGAUGUCUGACCCUACACAAUGGAAAGCUUAUUUAGGAAUGCACAGUCAAGGGCAUGCCAGAUUCAUCUCAGAUAUCAAAAGGAUCAUUGUUCAUGAAUACUACAAUGCACAAAACUUUGACUAUGAUAUAGCAAUAUUACAACUCAAGUCGACUUGGCCUGAUACAAUGAGUUCAGUGAUUCAACCAAUUUGCAUUCCUUCCCAGUCGCAGUAUAUUCGCAGUGGUGAGAAGUGCUGGGUAACUGGCUGGGGAAGAAGACAAGAAACAGAUGACAAAGAACCUAGCAUUCUUCAGGAAGCUGAGGUGGAGCUUGUAAACCAAACAAUAUGCCACUUGACGUAUGGGCUCAUAACUCCUCGUAUGAUUUGUGCUGGACUUAUGUCUGGAAAAAAAGAUGCUUGUAAGGGUGACUCUGGAGGACCACUCUCUUGCCAAGAAAGAGGCAGUGGAAAAUGGUUUCUAACAGGAAUUGUUAGCUUUGGCUAUGGCUGUGGAAAACCAAACUUUCCUGGUGUAUACACGAGAGUGUCCAAGUUUACUCCAUGGAUUCAAAAGAAUGUACCUUCAGUGGUGUGAAAUAUAAAAAUUAUUUGUUUCUCAUUUUCUCUAAAAACAUUCAAAAUAGGCCUGCAGGUCUGUUUUGUAAUGAUUAAAUAUCAUUAAUGUCCAUGUUGUAUAGUUAAAUAACAGUACAGAAAAUUCAGACAUAAAUUAAUAAAUGUUGAAUACAUUAAUUUACUUCUUUGCACGCAGUACCUGGUUAGAUAAGGUCAGAUUAGUUAGAUAUCUGGGUACAUUGCUGUAAACAAGCCACAACUUCGUGUAAAAUAUUGAUAUGCAUACUGGUAUUACAAAACUCGUCUGUCAAAUUCCCAGAAUAAUGUGCAAUGCAGAGGGAUUUUAGCACAGCUUUACGUUAGACGGAUACAAUAGUGCUAUGUUUUUCUAAUGAAAUGGUUCUAUAAAAAUGUUUCAGCUGAUGUAAUGCAGGCUUCUUACAUGUUAAAAAAAAACUGUUCAACACUUUUGAAGCAGAGGUUAUUAUAUUAUAUGGUUGUGCCUCCAUUCAUUGAAGCCACAUUUUUUGUUAGUUUUCUUACAUGGGAGGAAAAGUUCUGUUUUGUUUCCCUCUCAGAACUGCAGUGUUUCAUGAAUUGUAGAGCUAUAACAUCAUUUUUUCACACUACAAAAAUGGAAUUGAUAGGAAAUUUCUUAGCCAAAGGUUAGGUUCAUAUAAUAAAUGGAUUAUCAAAAAGCAGACCAGCUAUAAAUAACAAAAUGUUGUUACCUUAAUGAUGAUGAACAAACAAUA